AUGACUUGGUACAAGUACUUUGACGAAAAUGAGACUAAAACCUGGACCAUUUAUAAAUUCCACAGGGAUUGGAUUCGUACAUACGAAGAGAACGAUGAGAACCUUACCUAUAGUAAAGCUGUGGACACACUUGCAAAGAGCCUCCGUGAGAUCGCUAACAAAAGUUCUGAUCCUGCAAAAAUUCGAAAAGCUAAUAAUCUUCUAAAGGCAAGAGGUGUGACGCUUUUAGCUGGUCCUCUGACAGAUCUUUUAGAUUGUUAUGGAAACAAUCUCGAUAAAUUAUGGCUCUCUGUCGAAAAAAAGGAAGUUCUUCGAGAAAAGAACAUAAAUACUGGAACUAACUGUAUACAGUUGGUCUCAUGCGAAGGUAUACAAAUUAGCAACAUCGGACAGAAAAGAGGCCACGAUAAUGAAGAAUUGGCGACUCCAGAAACAAAAAAGUUAUCAGUUGACUUUUCGGAAAGUGAUGAUAAACAUCAAGAAGAUGACGAUGAAGUGAUGUGGUUAGAGAGCCCGAUUGUUAAAAGGCUUCGAGAAAUCAAUGGAAUAGCUCGAUACAGAAUUAUAUUUCUUCCAGAAGAAAAUGAGUGCAAUCCAAUUAAGUCAUCUUUCACCGAACAAGAAUGGUUAAAAUUCGAAGCUGAUUGGCAAAAAGUCGAGGAGAGGUUGGUCGUAAAUAGUGGAGUAAAUGAAUGCAUCGAGGGUUUACUGAAUAAAUAUGACGAUGCAAUUAACAAAGCAACGACCGGAUAUAGUGUUAACCUGAACAGAAUAAUUGGAACUUUUAAUGAAUGUACUCUCAUCGAUCGACAUCAUUAUAGCUUUAGUAAAGAAUGGCCAUUACAAUGGAUACAAUCCGUUUAUAAUGCAUUUUCGUUGUGCUUCAGUCUCGCAGUCAAUCCGCUUCACAACGCAGACUUAUCGGAGUAUGCAUACAGAGAUAAAAUCGUAAAUACCCUAAUAGAAAACGUUUUCCUUGACAUAAACGAAGUCAUUUUUAUGAGAACAGGUGAAAUAGAAAACAACGAUCGAAAAAUUCAGAAGGAUUCUAGUAGAUCACCGGGGGUACGACGUGCUACUGGGUUUGGGGAGGUAGUAGGCAAUGCUUGCGAACAUGACGACGCAAAAAUGGAGCGAGAUCGAGAAAAGAUUCUUAAAUCCAUGCAACUCGGGCUUUUCCGAUUGCGACAAUCGUUGCAGGAACGAGGAGCUGAUGAAAACAACUUUAAUUGCGCUGAGACGUUUGGGAUUCUCGUGUACAAAAAAGAUUAUCGUUUUUAUUCCAUGCACUAUGCCAAUGGUAUAUAUCUGGUGGAUAAAUUUGAUGAAUUCGCGAUACCAUCCAGCGUCAGUCAAUUGUGUGAAUUAUCAGAAAUAAUAAGGUCAUUGCUCUCAUUUAAGAAUCGCGUUAUAAAACUUCACGACAAUGUACAAAAUCUGUUCGGUGGAAAACGCCGAUUCAUACAGAAAUCUCGUCAUUAUG